AAGUAUUUUUUUUUAGCUCAUUCCGUUCCCCGAAACAGCCAUUGCGAAUGUAAAUACGAGAAUCGACAUGAACAGGCGCAAUUAUAGCGCAAGUUAUAUCAAGCACCAUCACUAUAAAUGUCGCAUCCAUUGAACGUUCAGCCCGUUCAGGAAUUCAAUCCCGAGAUUGAAGUAAUCUUACCUCACGAAAAGGUUUACUCUAUCCAAGUUGGGUAUAAGUUAUUUAGAUUAAGUGGAUUAUCGUUAUCUUCCGAUGCUCCAUCUUAUUUCACAAGAUACUUCAGUCAAGAAGAAAAUGCUGAAAAAGUCUUGUUUAUUGAUAGAUCUCCUGCUAUCUUUGAAAAAAUCUAUAAUCAUCUUCAAGGUUAUAUGGUUAAUGUCGAAAGUGAUUAUGAGUUUGUUCAUCUUUGGUCUGAUGCAUUUUAUUUUGGAUUAAAACGAUUACAAAAGAUUUUAACAGAACAAGAUAUCUUUGCUACUAUUGGAAAUCAGUCGUUUAAGAUUAGUAGAUCAUUGUUUGUUAAUUCUGGUAAUUAUCCUAAUUAUUUUACAAUAAACUAUGAUGGUUUAUUAACGGAUAACAUUAAGGUAUUUGAACAGAAACGUAUGUUAAGACCUCCACCUCAAAGACCAGCAACUGUAUCAAAUAGAUCACCGGCUUUAUUUGCUGAUUUGUUGGAAUUGUUACAAGGUAAUAACUUAAUCAUCAAGAAUGAUGAACAUAGACAAUUAUUAAUGAGAGAAUGUAAAUACUAUAGAUUUUUAGAAUUAGAACAACGAAUCCUCAAGCAUAGAAUUAUCAAUAAUCCAUUCACUGAAAACAAACAAGAAAUUAUCUUAAACUUGAAUGAUUUACAAAGAAAGGGUGUUUUCAAUGCUUCAAAGUUACCCACCACCCUUGAGACUCCAAUUCAAUAUGCUCGACCAUAUAUUCUAAAUGAACCCAAGAGAAACUUAAUAUUUCAACUUGAUGCCAACGGAGAUGUAUUCAGUAAGAAUUGUAGUGAAGUGAAAUUGAUUGUUAACAAAACUCUUAACUUUACUACUAUUCAAAUAAAUAAUAAAUUGUGUCAGAAAUAUAUUUCAGUAUUUCAAGAUUAUAGUGAAGAUUUCUUGAUUGAAGAUAUUGAUACUAAUAAUCCGACAAUUACUUGUAUUGCAGGAUUUGCUGAUUGUAAAGCAGUAAUUAAUGGGAUGCAAAUGAAAAAGUCAUGGAUUCAUGAUUUAAUAGGAACUCAAGAAUCUGAUAAUGAAGGGAUGAAGAAGAGGAAACUAAAUGAUGCUAAAGCAGUUAAGGGAGAUAUUAUAGAAAUUAAAUUAACAAAAUCAUUAUGGAGAAUGCUUAUGAUUGGUACAAGAUCAAGACUACAUGCGGUAUCUAUAGAAGGUUUAACCGACCAUUCAUCGUUUAUUCAAGAGAAUAUUAAUUUUCUUUAA